AUGGCGCAAGAUCUUGCUUGGUUGGAGAUUAUUCAAUUUUUAGAACCGAUUGAUGUUUUAACUUCUCUCCUCACUGUUAAUCGGAAUAUUCACAACUUGAUUAGAAAUUCCUGCAUUGUUAUUAGUGAUGAUAUUUGUAAAUUUUGUAAUGGCGAGAAAUCAGAUUUAAAUAUUUCAAUUUAUCAAAACGCGGAAAAUUCGAAUAGUGAUCAUGUAAAAUUAAUUGGAAAUGCAAAAUAUUUCAUACGAUUACACUUGUUAAAAUUGGCUUUUAAAUUGGGAAAUCAUGAUCCGGAAAGAAAUACAGAAGAAAUUUCACAAAUUCUCAAUCCUAACGAGUUGGAAUUGUUGAAUUUCUAUCGAUUAUUUUUUCCUAAUUUUGAAAUAGCUCACAAAGAUCAAACAAUUAAUUAUAUGAUUUUAGGAGAUAGUGGUAUUGGAAAAUCAACUUUGGGAACUUUUAUUCAACAUGGAAAAUUUAGGGAAAAUGUUGGUAUUGGGCCUUAUUACUUUUCAAAAAUAUGUACAAUUCCCAAUGAGGAGAAUCGUUGUAAGCAUCAGAUUUGGGAGACAAAUGGAGUUGAAAGAUUCUACUCCAAGAGUGAAAUGAUUGAAGAUAAAUGGCAUCAAGAAUAUGAUGUGAAAUGUUUAUUUGCAUUUUCAAUGGAUCAUGAAUCGACAUUCAACAAAUUAGAUGAAUGGUUCUUAGCGGGUUUACAAUCUAAUAAUACUGAUACAGGAAUAGUUUUAGGAUUACAUUCAGAAAAGAAUUAUUCUCACUACGAAAGAAAACCAGUAUGCUUGAAAGAUGCUGUACAGAAAGCGUAUGAAUAUAGACGCUCAGUAUUUGUGGAGAUUGACUGUAAGAAUUUCAAACAUAUUUAUGUACCAGUGUGGUUCAUUCAAUUACAAUUUACCUUCAAUAGUUUUUUCGAAAAGGAUGCAAAUGAAGAGGAGAUUAAAAAUUGGUAUUGCUCUCUUUUAUAA